AUGAGUGAUCAAUUUGAUGAUGGUGAUUUUGUUGAUGGAGAAGAGAUUUAAGAUAACAAAUAAAAUAAUUCUGAAUAGAUAAACAAUGAUCAAUAAAAUCAUUCUUAAAAAUUUUAAGAAAUGGAUGAUGAUGAAGAAUAAAUAAUUAUUACAGAUGAAAAUUUAAAUAAUUCAUAUGAAAAAUAACAAAAAAUGCUAAAUAACCAACCUCUAAUAUAAUCUUGUGAAUAAAUUUAAGAAGUUGAAUUACAAAGUUCAAAAAGCAUGGAAAAUUAAAAUUUAUAAAAUAUUGAAUAAUAAGAAGGUAAUAAUUUAUAAGUAUAAAUUUAAAAUGAUGAAAUACAAUAACCAAUCUAAACUAAUAAUAAUGAGACAGAAUAAUAAAAUAAUUUUAUAGAUGAAAAUGACUAAAUAAUAAAAAUUGAAGAUGAUGAUUUUUAGGAUGGAGAAGAAAUAUAGAUUGAAAAUGUAGAAGAAAAUGUUAAUGAUCAUGAUUAAAUGAAAUAAUCAUAAGAAAAAUAGUAAGAAUAAUUUCUAAAUAAUAAUAAUGAUAGAGAAUCAGAAGAAGAAGAAGAGAUUAUAGAAUUAGAUAAAGAAGACAAUGAAAAUAAAGAGGAUAAAGAAAAUGAAGAAGAUGGAUAGUAGAUUGAUGAGGAUGAUUUUAUAAGUGGAGAAGAGAUUGAAGUUUAUAAAGAAAAUUAAGAAUUAAUAUAAAAUUAAGAUGAUAAUGAUGAAGAAUUUGAAGAAGGAGAAUUAAUUGAAGAAUAAGAAAAUAAUAAUUUAAUUAAAAAUACAUAAGAAAAUGAUUAAACAAACAUAAAUAUGGUAAAUUGAUCAUCAAUAUUUAGAGAAUGCCAAUUGUUAAUAAAAAUUAAAUUGACUAAUUAUAUAGUGAAUUAUGUUAUGGAUUUUAAUGUCCUUUAUAAAAGAAUUUUGAAUUUGAUUAAGUGUAAUAAUUUUUGAUGAUAAAUAGUCCUGCUCAAUAGUUUAGUUCAAUAGAAUCUUGUUUGGAUAAAAAUAGUGUGAAUUAUCUUCUUGAAAGAGAGUAAUAUGUAUUAAAAUUAUAAAAGAUCAUAACAUUAUCAAGGUUAAAAGGAUAUAAAUAAUAUGCCAACUCCAUCUAAAAUUAAUAUUAAUGAGACAGGAGUAUCAUAAGAAUUAAAGAAUGCCUUUCUUGAUUAAAUAAAGUUGUAUACAUUAGUAUGGACUAAGUAUCAACCAUAUAUUGAGUAUUGAUAAUAUUAAUGAUUAGGAUGUCUGACCAAUACAAAUUUGUAAUUGAAUAUCCUACAUUUGAAUAUGUAGAUGUUACUUUGGAUAGAUCACCAAUUCCAAGAGGAGGAGGCAUUUCUCAAUUUUAAUUAGCUGAUUUAGGAAAACCUGGAUUGUAGGAUAUUUUAGAUUUAAUUCCUGACUAUUCUAAGUUAUUAGAGUAAACUUUCUCAAAUGAAACAUGA